GCCAACUUUGCUCCUGGUCCAUGGCAGUGCGGCGGCUUUCUCGCAGUAUCUGCCCUUGGUGGAGCCAUUGGUGGAGAAGAUGGGCUACGGGAUUGUCACCUUCGAUUGGUACGGCUGCGGCGGCAGUGACAAGCCGGACUCUUGGUCCGCCUACUCUUUUGAUGAGCUCCUGGCCGAUCUGAAGGAAGUCUGGAAGUUGGCGGCCGCCUGUGGCACCGGGCCUCACUUCGUCGCUGGCCAUUCCUUUGGCAGCCACUUGGUGAUUCGCCUUGUGGCUUCUUUGUCGCGGGAGGCCGAGAUUAAACCCAUCUCCGGCUUGGUUCUCCUUGGCGGCGCCCGGCAGUUUCCUGAAGGUCAUCCCAUUUUUCGGCUGCCGGUGUUCCUUCUGAGCCGGUUUCAGCACGGCAUGACGGACGCAUUCUUGAAGAUGGCUUUGGCUGGCUCCUGCGACCCAGAGCUGCGGAAGCAGGAGGAAGAUGCGUGCAAUGCGAAUCCGAUGUACAUGUGUAAGGCCUACUACAGGCAGGUGCGCAAUGCCACCGAUGCGGAGCUGAGCGCAUGUGUGGACAUGCCCACCUUGGUGAUUCGAGGUGAGCAGGAUGGUAUCAUCUCUGCUGAGGAUUCCAAGGCGCUUGUCGCGGCUCUCCCCAAGUCAAAAGGAGUGGAAGUGCCUGGAGCUGGUCAUGCUCCGAUGUUAGAGGCUCCAAGUGAGGUGGCGGAGCAUGUUGUGGAGUUUGUGAAGACGGCAGAGAAGAAACCCAGCCCACCAGCUCCAGAGUUGGCACAGCAGGGGCCGCCUGGGACGUUCUUCCACAAGGGCCCAGGGCUCAGGAAUGCCACGGCGAAACCACUUGUACGAAUUGCAAGCAUGCGCGAAGAUGCUUGGUACUGCAGAUUCUCGGAACUGACUAGGCUCAGUUGCCAGGCCAGCAGCUCCCACUACCCCACCUUCGUUGACGUCGUUAGUAUGGUGACUCGGUCUGGAGCUUUGGCGGUUGCAGGCUUCGAGUGCAUUUUGGAAGGACAGGCAGACCUCGUCCAGCACCGGUUCAUGGAACAUGUCGUGGAAAUCAAGGGUAUUGUCAGCCUACAGAUGCUGCAGAAAAUGGGCUUGAAGGUGUCGGCGGAUGCCAUUGAUGGUACCUCAAAGAGUGAAGGAAGUGGAGGCCGCCACUUCUCCGAUGCUCUUGUCUCAGUGGGUGCGGCCGGUCGCGGUGGAACGGGAUCCUUUGUUUCUUCCAGCGGCCUGAUUCUCACGAACUGGCAUGUUGCUUAUGAUGCGGUGCGACAAGCUUCUCUGCAAGGCAGUCAUGACUAUGUUCGAGAUGGUUUCGUGGCCAAGUCCUUGAAGGAAGAGCUGAAGGGCCCCAAUUACGAAGUAUGGAUUACGAAGUCCUGCAAGGACGUGUCCAAAGAGGUCACAGAUGUGAUUGGGUCGGAACAGGACCCGCUAAAGCGUGCCAAUCGUGUCCGCGACGUCAUGCAAGAGAUUGCGCAAGCUGCGCAAGAAGAGAAGCCUUCAGGAGAAGCCAGCGAUGGUGGAAAACGAUGUGACGUGCAGGAAAUGCUGCCCAAUGAGUCUUAUGUCUUGUUUACCUACGAAAGAAUCAAGGAUGUACGGAUCGUGUACGUCCCGCCCAAGAGUUUGGGCAACUUUGGUGGGGAUACAGACAACUUCGAAUGGCCACGGCACACGGCCGAUUUUACCCUGCUGCGAGCCUAUGUGGGCCCCGAUGGAAAGGCUGCUGAGUAUUCAGUGGACAACGUCCCCUACAAGCCCAAGACGUCUCUGAAAGUCCAGCAGCAAGGCGCCGCAGAGGGUGAUUUCAUUUUCUUGCUGGGAUUUCCAGGCUCGACUAUGAGGUAUGCGCCAACCCCAAGGCUCCGCUUUUCGGAUGAGGUCGCCGUCCCCAACAUGGUGUCGGACUUCGCACGGAAGCUCCAGUUGAUCGCACAGUACGAAAAGGACUCGGAGGAAGCCGCCCUGAAGUUGGGCACCAGCAAAAAAGGGUUGGCCAAUGAGUACAAGCGCAGCCAAGGCAAAUUGGUCAUGAUGCGAAAGCUCGGCUUGAUGUCGGAACGCUCGCAAGAAGAGACAGCUCUCUGCGCGAAGGCGCCGGAAGCAAAGGAGGCUCUUGACCGCCUCAGCAAGAUUUAUGAUGAGCUGCGUGCCAUGGAGAGCGUCUCUACAGCAUUGGAGGCCUGCCGCGGGAUCUACUGUGGCAGUGCCCUACUCGCCGUGGGACAUGCGCUACAUGAAUAUCUCACCAUCGAGUGCCCCAAGCCAGACGGAGAGCGCGAGUCGUCGUAUCGAAACCGCAAUCUCCCGUUUCUUGCACAGCGACUGGCGAAGCGCCUGGGGGAGAUCCAUCAGCCACAUGAGGCGGCUCUCAUCAAAGACGCGCUGGCCAUCUUAGAGAAGACGCCUGACUUGAAGGUCGCUUUCGCAGAGAUUCUGAAGAACUUUGGCGGCGAGUCUCAUCUCUCGAAGAUGGAGUCUACCAUAGGAAGCUCGGAGCUGAACAAAUUGUCAGAUCCUGAGCUCAUGAAGUCGAUCUUCGCCGAAGAUGGCGCUGCCAAAGAUCGGAAAGCUUUGCUUGACGACCCAUUUGUCAAGUGUGCCGGCUCCUUGUGGGAGGCCUACGCAAGCAACCGUGAUCGCUCCAAGGCAUUGCUGAGUGAGCGAGACGCGUUGUUUGCCAAAUUGCUCGAGCUUCAACGCAAGCACAGUGACGGUGAGGUCAUGUAUCCGGAUUGCAAUGGAUCUUUGCGAAUGUCUGCAGGCUUCGUUGAAGGGUAUGAAGCUGCCGACGCGGUCGUCUGCAAGCCGCAAACCACUUUGGCUGGUUUAUUUGACAAGGCCGUGGAGGCAAAGCUGAGCAAGGAUGAAGGACGACUGGCCGAGUUCGGGUGUCCAGAUCGGCUUUACGAUAUGCUGUCGUCCCCAAGCUCGAACUGUCAGAAGGUCCCUGUUUGCCUUCUUUAUUCUACGGAUACAGUCGGUGGCAACUCAGGUAGCCCAGUCAUGAACGCAAACGGAGAGCUUGUGGGAAUCAACUUUGAUCGACAGCGCCAAGGUCUCAUGAAUGAGUUCAAGUGGAGUAAAGACUACUCUCGAAGCAUGGGUGUCGAUGUCCGGUACAUGCUAUGGCUUAUGGGAGAUUAUGAUGGAGCCAAGAAUCUCGUGCAGGAGAUGUUGGAAGGCUAA